AUGCACGAACUUCUCCUGUGGCUAAUCUGUUAUUACAUUAUCUUCACUACAUAUCGAUAUGCACUUAAUACUGAUCAUAAACGAACUUUCGAGAGGAUUGCUGCACAUUGUGACAAGAAAUUGGAAUACAUUCCCCUGACGUUCAUGCUCGGUUUCUUUGUGACGAUCAUUGUGGAUCGAUGGAGGCAAAUAUUCAACAAUAUGGGCUGGAUUGAGAAGUGA